UGGAAAAGUGUAAAAACUAAUUUAUUAACUAUAAUUCUGAAUAAAUACUUGGAGUACUUCAGUUGAGACGACGCGUCGUCUACAUUUAAAAUCGGUGACUGGUGUGAAAAAGUGCCAAAUAUAAACUUUAACGUAAACUCUGAAUAAUUAUUUUAAGGACGAAAACGAAUUCUUUAGAACUUGAAUCUUUUUUGACCUACUUGAUUUUAAAUACAAGAAAAUAUGUCGGACUGGGAAGAUGAGCCUGUUUGCGCUGUAUCCUCUGGAUUAGCAGAAAAGUUUGAGAAAUCAGUAACGAUCAAGACGAACGAAGAGUCCGCGUGGAGCGAUGAAGAGAAGCAGCCAGAGAGCGGCGGCGGCGGUGGCGACAGUGGACGGCACGAUGGUGGAAACGGUUUUCGUGGUCGCCGUGACGGUGGAGGAGAAGGCGGCAGUUAUCGUGGACGUCGUGAAGGUGGAGAAGAAGGGGGUUUCCGAGCACGUCGCGAAGGUGGAGAAGAAGGGGGUUUCCGAGGACGUCGCGAUAACGAAGAUGGCGGUGGUUACCGUGGUCGUCGUGAUGAUGGAGGGGAUGGUGGAAACCGUGGUCGCCGGGGUGGUGGAGACAACGAUGAUGGCGGAGAACGUAGGGGAGGUUUCAAUCGUGGCGAACGACGUCGUCGCGAUGGCGAAGGUGACAUGAAUAAUAAUCAGGAUGAGAACGGUGAGGACGGCGAGAAGAAGGCAAGGGAGUUUUAUAUACCUCCGGAGCCGACUAAUGAUGAGGCAGAGAUGUUCAGCAGCGGAAUCACGUCUGGAAUUAACUUUUCAAAAUACGACAACAUUCCGGUCAAGGUGACUGGCGAGAAUGUGCCACCGGCUAUUAAGACCUUCGAUAAGGCCGGACUACGCAAAAUUGUGCUAGAUAAUGUGCUGAAGUCUGGUUACACCGUGCCCACACCUAUUCAGAAGGUGUCGAUCCCGGUGAUUGCUGGUAAACGCGAUUUGAUGGCCUGCGCCCAGACUGGGUCUGGCAAGACGGCCGCAUUCUUGCUGCCGAUAAUAACCAGCAUUCUCGAUGAUCCUAGCGAAAAUGUAGAGAUUGGCAAACCACAGGCGGUUAUUGUGUCGCCGACUCGCGAGUUGGCUAUUCAAAUAUUCAAUGAGGCUAGAAAGUUUGCGCAUUCCACGUAUCUCAAGAUAACUCUUGUUUAUGGCGGGACAUCGGUCAAACAUCAGAACGAGGCUGUUGCCAAAGGCUGCCAUGUUUUGAUUGCCACGCCGGGUCGAUUGCUCGAUUUUGUGGAGCGAACAUUUGUCUUGUUCGAUGAUACACGUUUCGUUGUUCUCGACGAGGCUGAUCGUAUGCUUGACAUGGGAUUCCAAGAGAGCAUGCGCAAGAUUAUGCAGCAUCCGACUAUGCGUCCGCAGCAUCAAACGUUGAUGUUCUCGGCCACAUUCCCUGAGGAGAUUCAGCGUUUAGCCGGUGAAUUCCUAAAGGAUUAUGUUUUUGUCACCAUUGGCGUUGUGGGUGGCGCUUGCUCCGAUGUCAAACAGGAUAUUUUCGAAGUUAGCAAGUUUAACAAACGCUCCAAGCUGAUGGAAAUAUUGCGUGAGGGCGCUGAGGGCACCAUCGUUUUCGUGGAGACCAAGCGAGGUGCAGAUUUCCUGGCUUCCUUCUUCUCAGAGACUGAAUUUCCGACCACCUCCAUUCACGGUGAUCGCCUGCAAAGUCAACGCGAGCAGGCCUUGCGCGACUUUAAAAAUGGCACAAUGAAAGUUCUCAUUGCCACCUCAGUGGCCGCACGUGGUCUUGAUAUUAAGAACAUAAAGCAUGUAAUCAACUAUGAUAUGCCAACCAACAUUGAUGAUUAUGUGCAUCGCAUUGGACGCACUGGUCGUGUGGGCAACAGUGGACGUGCCACUUCAUUCUUUGAUCCCGAGCACGAUCGCCAACUUGCUGGAGAUUUGAUAAAGAUUUUGAAGGGUUCUGGUCAAGUUGUACCCGAUUUUCUCGAUGAAAUGGGCGGCGGAAGCAGUUAUUCCGGCUCCAAAUUUGGCGCUUUGGAUGUUCGUGGCGGGGCCAACAAUGGACCUGCUGCUAACUUGGAGGAAGAACAGGAUUGGGAUUAAAUUAAAGUAAUUAAUGGGGCACGACGAAGUUUGACCAAGCUAUGGUGUCUCUCCCUCUUAACCGGCAGCUAAGAAUAUUCCAGAAAUAAGAAAUUGCUAUAUUGUACUUCAAACAAUAUGCAAAUAUAUAUUAAAACUACAUAUAUAUCUA